AAGAUACAGUUUAAUUACAAUCUUCUCUUUUCCUUAAUAUACACAUAAUAUUUUCCUCAUUCGUGAAUUUAAACUAAAUUGAAAACGAUGUGUAAAUACUUUCUUCUUAUAUUUGCAGUUUGCGUAGUGGCCGCUGCCGUGGCUAAGACUGACGAAGAAGACAAAUUAUUUGAUCCGUAUAGACUACCUAAGAAUGAAAAGGAAAUCCAAGAAUUCUUAUUUGAUCAUUAUAAAGAAAUCUUUACAAAAUAUGACGAAAGUCCGGAACAGAAGUUACAGAAGAUCGCAUCAUUCAGAGCGAAUUUUAAUCUGCUAUUGGACUGCCAUUUCAAGUACAAAGAGAAUGUAGAAGCCAAGAAAUCUUGUAAUAUUAAGUACAAAUUGCCAGAUAGUUUGACAGAAGAUGACGCUCUGAACAUUUUUUUUGUUAAGAGACAAAACACUGAGGAGAGAUAGGUUUAAAUAUAUUUACUUAAAAAUAAAUCACAACUUCAAUUUACUUACUAGUAUUAAUAAAAAUAAAUAAAAUCUAUGUAUACCUUAUUUUUAAUUAUAACGUGUAUAUUUUAAAAAUAUUAUUUAGACUAACAUUAUUUUCUGUUUGAACACAAGAAAAACCAAAUCAUUACACCUAAGUAUAUUAUGUAAAUUUAAAAUAAACUUAUUACUCGAUUAUUAGUAAAGCUCGGAUUAUGAGCAAAGUACCUUUUUUUUUGCCUAUUUUGCCUAUUAUAAUCGUUUUUUGCACUUUUUGCCUUUUUUCGUAAAUUCCGCCUAUUUGUGCCUUUUUUUAAAUUUCAUGGUACUACCCAUGAUAUUAUUCUAUUACUAAACCAUUCUAUAAUAAAAUUUUGCUUUAAAAUC